GAAUUAAAAACAAAAAAACCGACACAUAAACAUAUCACUGAUUUGACUCGAAUAAUUUAGAUAAUUUUUCAAAAAUGUUUAAUCAAUUUACAAUUAUAUUAAUUUUAUCUGUGAUUUUUUCUUGUUUUGCCAUUGAAAAAUAUCAAAAACCAGAACAAGAAGAUGCUAAUGGUUUACCAUCACUUAGUUUACGUACUUUACAAAAACCGUUUAGAAUGGCUAAAUUAAAUUUACUUUUUUCAAAAGCUCAACAUCGUUUACCAGAAGAAAAACUCCGUCGAUUAUUUCGUGAAUUAAAACUACACGACAAAGAGGAAAUGGAAUUAAAGAAAAAGAAACAUGAUGGUGAAGAUUCGGAUGGUUUAUUGGAGGCUGGAAUACGUAAAAAAUUAAUUGGUAUCAUGAGUACAUAUGAUCUUCUAGAUCAUUACGAUCAUAUUCACGAUAAAGAUAAUUAUAUUCGACACAUGUCGAUGAAUGAUCCUGAACGUCCAACGAAAGCGGUAUUUAGCGACAAAAAAUUGAAUCGAUUAUGGAAUCAAGCUGAACAUGGUGGAUUUUCACCGGAUGAAUUGAAAAUGUUACGAGAGGAAUUUGCACACCAUCAAGAUAAAAUUGAUCAGUAUCAUGCGUUGUUUGAGCAUGUCGAUAAUCACAGACCAGCAGAGCAUCCAAAGUCUCUGGAAACAGAUAUGCUCGAUUUGGACGAAGAUAUGGAUUUGGAUCGUUUAAAUGAGGACAUCAUCCAAAAGCAACAUAAUCAAAUGUUAUAUAAAAAAUCAGAUAUUCUUCGACAUAAACAUAAUGAAUUAUUGGAUGGAUAUCGAGAAUUAGAAUCAAAGGCAAAUAAAGGUCCUCUACAUAGAGAAUUUUCACAUCCAAAAGUUGAAGCACUUUGGCAAACUGCGUUACAUGGAAAUUUUUCACAUUCUGAAUUGGAUUCACUUAAGUUGGAGUUGAAACACUAUCAAAAACGAUUAAAUCAUUUACAAAAAUUACAACAUGAACGUAAUGUACUCGAUAAACUAAAUCGUCAAAAGAAUGACGAUGAAAGAUCACGUGAAGCAAUCAAUUUGGAUGUAACCAUUGAAGAUCAUGCAGCCAAAGUUUUUAAUAUUCAUAGACAAUUGGAAGAUAAAAUCGCUAGUAAACAUAAUGAAUUAUAACAGCUUAGCGAAAACUCACCAACCCAACGAUUAAUCUAAGUCAAUGUUCUGAAAUUAGUGUUAUAUUAACAUAAUUUUCCUAGAUGAACGAAAAUAUAAUUCGGACACGAUUCUACGGCAACUAAGUCACUAAGACGUACAUUUGUCACAUGUGAUGUUGCAAAUUUUUUACUCCAUUCAUGUAGGAUGAUGCAUUUUAUCGUCAUGCCGAUCAUAUGUCUUGCUUUUAGUUUAUUAAAAUUUUUUGUAUAAUAUCGUUAAAUUUUA